UGACUUUAGACACCGCGUGUGUGGUCGAUUCUUUUUAAAUUAUUUAUAAUUUUGUUUGUACAAUGUUCCAAGUGGCAAAGUUUGACCGAAAUAAUGAAGCCGACUCUGUCUGCAAAGAGUUGUUUAAGGCAAAAAUUCAGUCUUCAAAGAAAGAAACGAAAAUAAAGAAGGGAAAAAUAAGUAAAAAGAGUCCAAAGAAGAAGAAUGCGUUUAAAAAGAACGACAAAAUUAAAGAUGAAAUCAAAAACAUACUAAAUAACAAUUCGGGCUUGGUGCAUCAAACGAAAAUCAAAAGAAAAAAGAAAAAGCCUCAGGUCCACCAAGAUAAACGAGUAGAACCAAAAAUGAACACACCAAUUUUCGCUACACAAAAUAAACAAGAGUCAAAUACUCACACAGGACGUGUCAAGAAGCAAAAACGAAAAAAGAAAAAGCGACAACAAAAAGAAGAAACAACGACAGAUGAGACUAAUAAAAAACCACUUACACCAAAACAACGGAAAAAUAAAGAAUUAAAUGAAAAACUUUUGAAAACAUUACAAACUCCACCUGAAACAAAGAAACACCAGAAAUCAAGGGACCUGUCUUUACGAGAAAGAAUGAUGCAGCGACUUCAAGCCGCCAGAUUUAGAUACAUCAAUGAGCAGAUUUAUUCCAAUGACAGCAAAGAAGCGCAAAAAUUGUUUAAAGACGACCCGGACGCAUUUACAGCCUACCACGAAGGGUACAGACAACAAGUCAAUAAAUGGCCGCUCAACCCACUAGACGAAAUCAUUAAAAACAUCCAGCAGUUACCUAAAACAUUCGUCGUUGCUGAUUUCGGUUGCGGCGACGCGAAAUUGGCGCAGUCGGUUGUACAAAAAGUCCACUCUUUUGAUUUGGUUGCUGCUAAUAAUGACGUCAUACCGUGUGACAUGGCACACGUACCUUUACAACCUUCAAGUAUCGACGUGGCCGUGUUUUGUUUAUCUUUGAUGGGGACAAACUUGCACGAAUAUCUCCUGGAAGCCAACCGAGUUUUAAAACCCGGAGGGAUUUUGAAAAUCGCAGAAGUCGAAAGUCGGUUCGACGACGUGCAACAAUUUAUCGAAGCCGUGGAACGCUUCCGCUUCAAAAACACUUUCAAAGACCUGUCCCACGACUUGUUCUACUUUCUGGACUUCAAAAAGGAGUCAAAUAUCAAAAACAAGAAACGUCUGCCAACGCUUAGUUUAAAUCCUUGUUUGUAUAAAAAACGGUAACACUUAUUCUAUCAAAAACAGUUAUUGCGAA